CGAGGCUUGACCCUAUCCCGGCAUGCUGCGUGACUGUCAUGGCGGACGUCGUCUGUUCGCCGGCCACGUAAGCUGACAUUCUCAGGAAAACUCCGGGUUUCCUGGUGAAACUAUGUUGGUACUGCUAGUGGCCGCUGCGCUUGGACCCAUGGCGUGCGCUGGUGCCACAAAAGUAGACGGGAAACCCACUGUUGACGAAGCUCAGGUUAUAGCAUAUGGUGGAAUCCUGAACAGUUUUGUCCCAGGUGUGCUGCCAAAUGACACUGACAUCCAACAGGUGGCACAGUUUGCCCUCCAGUAUGCCACAGAACAUGCACCACAUCUGGUACCUAGGGCAGGACAGAGUGCCGAGGGUGGAGACUUCCUCAAACCUGAAAUACUGCAGCCAAGAAAAUUAAAACUCCACUUUACCCAAAAUGGGCAGAACCCUGCUCUGUAUGAGCUUGUGUAUGAACAGAACGGGGAGAAGCUGACUGAGACACACAUCAUCAUCCUGGGCAUCACCUACUUCCUGACCCUGUCCUGGCCUAGCAUCGCCAACUCCCUGGUCCACAGGUUCGUGGUCACCCUCUCCUCAGGACACCUGUACGUCUUUGAACACACCUGGUUCCAGGUGGCUUCUAAGACAGAUGAAGGAACAAUUUUGCCGGGUGCUUCAAAAUAUAUGCAACAUGUCCAGGCAGAUACCAUAUCUUCCACAAGGACUCAAGAUGUGGAAUCUUUGACUUUAGGAGAUAGCAAACACAGUGUGCAAUACUCAUCUAAUCAGGUUUGUCAACAUACUUCUCAAGAGAAGCAAGAGUGUGGUGGUCAAGAAAAGGUAGAAUCUACAACAACUACAGCAAAGAAGUCUUACACACAGAGUAACAAUGAGUUAUCUGGCGAACUGAAGAUUGCUUCCUACAAUGUAUGGAAUUUCAACGGUGGUCCAGGUGGAAGUGUGAAGGCUUAUGUACAACGUGCCCAGCACUUGGGACAGGUUCUUGCUGAUUGUGCUGCUGAUGUCAUUGCCCUACAAGAAGUGAGGUUUGCCUACAACAGAGGAGGGCCUCUAGGGCCAAACCAGAUACAACACUUCACACACUACCUCCCUGGAUACCAGUAUGUAUUCCAGCCUGCCAUGUCCUACCCAGAGAGCAUUCUGGGAAGGGUAGAAGAGGGUGUGGCCAUCAUCUCCAAAUUCCCAAUUCUCAGCCAUGACUACAUCCUACUGUACAGAAAUGCCAGUGACUCUGAAGACUUCCACCAAAGAAUCUGUCUACAUGCAGAGAUAGAGACUCCAUACUUGGGACUUGUCCACCUGUUUGUGACCCACCUGUCCCUGAGUGAGCCGGCCCAGGACAGGUCAGUAGUACAGAUCUGGGAGUUCAUGCAGCGCUUCAGCGGGCCGGCUGUGCUGGUGGGAGAUCUCAACACUGAACCUCACUCCAAGGCUAUCAGGUUUCUCCAAGGUGUUGAAGAGAUUGACAGAGUGAAGACAGAGGGACUUCAGGAUGCCUGGCUGAUGAAGUAUCCAGAGCCAAGGGCUGAUAGAGAUGGUACAUACUGGAGGAAUGAGAUCAGAGACUCUGGGUUGACAUUUAAUGCACUGAAGAACCACUUGGAGAAAAGGAUUGACUACAUGUUUGUUCGGCUCCCAAGUGAUGUGCAUCUCCACAACAUCUCACUUCUGGAUGAUGGCAAACGAGGAUAUGCAGCUGCUUCAGACCAUGUGGGUUUGAUGGGUACCUUCACCCUCUCUCAGGACAAGGACUGGGGCUCUUGAUGCUGCCCAUCAAAUUAGGGACUUCCCAUGAAAAAUUUUAUGGACAUGCUGUAAAGAUAACAGCACGUUGUCUGAUGUUUUAAGAUUAGGGAACAAAUUUCUCUGGCUCAUUUGUAACAAAUAAGUGUCAGAAGAAGCAUAACAUUACAACAAUUUUACCAUUAAUACGGGUACAUGACCUUAAGUUGUAUUUCAAUUGGUUCUGUGUAUGCACUAAGGACUUGUCUAGUACAAAAAAGAACAUUGUAAUACAGUGAUAAAUGAUGGUGUGCCAAAAUAUGAAGUGAUGUAAAUAAUCUAUCAGUGAAUAAUAUGUCAGUAAAUGAGAGUUCCGUGGCCACCUACCUUUGCCAACUGUUAUAUUCUUGUAUAUGUACUGAUUUGCAUAAUAAACAUUUUUUAACUUCAACUUAAA